CCUGCGUACGCCACUGGUCAGUGCCUUACAAGAAAGUCACAUGUCCACGUCCACGCAAAUCGAAAAUUCCCUAAUAAUACACAUGACCUGAACCUUUGAUCCAUGAUACCUCGGUCACACCACCAAACCCCGCACCAAACUUCACACCGGUUCGGUGUGUGAUAGUCUGGUGUUGGUUUCCUUGGUGUGAGUGGGGCAUAGUGCAUUGCACCUCCGCUGUAUGUAUAAUGGUCUUGUUUAUUUUGGCAUGGCCUAUCGGACAUGACAUACUGUCGUCUGCAGCCUAUGAAGUUUGAAGCGUUUUGUUCAUCAGUACAGCAUGCAUAUAUAAAGCGGAAUCGCAAAUUUCUGCUUAGUUCAUUAUAUGCACGAUUACGGUUGCCUCCGAUCCUGUAGACAUUCAGGAAUCAAUAUACAGUCCAUAUAGAGUGGAAGCUUGACAUCAUUCCUUCUUAAUGUUACUUUGAACUAACACUCAACAUGUUCAGUAGCAAGCAAUGGACAAUUAUGAUACAGGUAUCAGCGAGCGCGUGUUUUGUGAUUGCUGUUCGCUAUGUCUUCAAAGAGAACUUCGCAAGCUUCCCGCCAGAGCUUUCUGAUGGCGAACGUUUCAAAUUUGUCUUUCGCUGUCUGGCCUUCUCCUCCCUGCCUCUCUUUGCCGCCGUGAGAAAAGUCGCCAGUGUCAGAUUCUCCAACAUGGAGACCCUUGGUGCGGAUCCCAUAGCUCCUGUAGCGCCCUCUCAGAAGGCCUUCAAGAUUGCCGAGAGGGUUCUGCAGAACACCCUUGAACAGACCCUGCUGCACGUAAUGACGAUCUUGGCACUCGCUUCGAGCGUCGUAGUGGACCAGCUCUAUAUCAUUCCGUGCAUGGUUCUGCUCUUUUGCAUCGGUCGUUUUGUCUACUACGUUGGGUACAGCUACGAUCCGUUGUACCGGGGUUUUGGAUUCGGGACAACCUGGAUACCUACGUUGAUUGGUUUUUCCUACGCUCUCUUCAUCAUAGCCUCACGUGCACUCUUCGGAUAACAUCCUCACCUGAUAAACAUUGAAAAUAAUUACCACGUUGAUCACUGGCAAUUUGAAACUUUAUAGAAUUAAUAAUCUUAAUGCGCGGCUCGUCAGCCGAUGCCAUGGUAACGAAUAAAUGCAUCAAUAGAAUCAUGUAAUGCUGAGGUAUAGAAACAUGACUGCUAAUGGCUCUGUGUAGGCCUACAGUGAAUAUAUAAUGUUAAAGCAUUAUUGUGAUUGAUACGAUCUUUUACGAGCUCAAAAAAGAUAACUUAGAUUCGUUCCCUUUUCCGUGAGUCCCGAACCAAAAUUGUGACAACUUUAAAAAUAGAACUAGGAAGUGAUCGAGCAAAUUGUGGUUAAUUCUACAAGACACGGUGCAGAUUAUAUACAGAUCACUUCACUGAAUAAUUCACAAUGAGCUUUAUUCUGCUUGAAUACACUUAAUCUUAGAUAGCCUAUAGUAUCUCGAUCUUUUUUUGUUUAGUUGACCAUUAUAUACAUAGCACUCGUCCACCGGCAUAAGGAUACGUACACUUUGAACAGGUCUUUACACUGAACAUUGUAUUUUACUACACGAAGGUAAUUCAUACGUUCUUUGAAUUAAUUCUGCAUUGGAUGAGGCAACAUAAUCAACUUCUGCGUCAUCAUAAUUGUAUGGUCCUUGAUAGAAAUUGAUAUAUGAAAUAUAUGAACUUUUUUUAGCAUUACUGUAAUUUUGUUUGCCGUCCAGCAUCAACUAACGACAUGUUUCAGAGCAAGUUCGUGACCAUUUGUAUAGAAAUCGCAAUUGGCAUUUGUUUUGCGAUCUCUACCAGUUAUGUCUUCAAACAGAACAUUUCGAUCUUCAAGUUCAACAUCCCGCCAGAUCUGCCGGAUUGCGAACGCUUACUGUUUGUCUUCCGAUGCCUUGCUUUCUCCGCCUUGCCCCUCAUGGGUGCCGUUUUCAACGUUCUCCGCUUUCGAGGCAAGAACUUUGAAGCCCUGGGAGUCGACCCCAUAGCCCCUGUGCCGCAUUCUCUCAGGGGAUUCAAGACUUCCAACAGGAUUCUGCAGAACACUCUUGAGCAGUCUGCUCUGCAUGUAUUCGCAGUCUUGGCUCUUGCUUCGUGCGUUGAUGUGGACCAGCUCUUUAUCAUCCCGUGCCUGGUCCUGCUAUUCAACAUUGGACGCCUUUCGUUCGCUGUUGGAUACCACUACAAUCCUCUCUACCGUUCAUUUGGAUUCGCCGUUACCUUCUUUCCAACCGUUGCUGGAUUCGCCUAUGGUCUCUUCACCAUUGUAUCCCGUGGACUCACCAUCUAAUUAAUCAUCACACAUAGCAUGCUUAUAUAUAUUAUUAAACCAAUCAUUAUAGAAUGUUACUAAAUGUAUUUGUGAUGUCUUGAUACUUGAAGGUAGAACAUUGUGAUUUUUUUGAUUUUUUACUUCCCGGUGCCAUUGAUAGAAUCACUCAUAAUGCAGUCGACAUU